UAUAUUGCAUGCUAUUUUAUACAUAAUAUAUCUAAAUAAGUAAUUUUCUAAGAGUACUCUAAGCUUUUCAGCAAAAAUGGUGUGGAGGUACUGUGUGCCAGGAUGCACAUCUUCUGCAAGAGUUCCAGGACAUAGGCUGCCCGCACAAGAUCUUACAGCGCAGAACUGGUUGAAGAUAAUUGGUUUAGAUAACAUGAUUGAUGCACCACAAGAAACAAAGGCAAAAUUAAGGAUUUGCGGCUUACAUUUUUGUGAUGAGAUGAUUGUGACUUAUGGACAGAAGCGGCGUCUCAAAACCAACGCAGUGCCAACAUUGCACCUACCAUGUGCGAAUAUUAUAGCAGAUAGUGAUAACACCAGUUUUGCUGAUGUUGAUACUAUCGCUAUAUUGCCUACUUCAGAUGAUGUAGGAAGCACAUCGAAUUUUGAGCCACAGACAUCACAACAGGAGGUACCGCAAGUGAUAAACAUCAAAACUGUCCACACGGUAGAUGUUUGCCGUCUCCGUAAGAAAGUACGACGUUACCAAAAAACGCUGUACAAAAAAAAAAGGAUAAUCCGGAAGAAUCAAAAGAAGAAACGUCAAGCAGAAAAAAUUAACACUUGGGAAACCAUUACUGCAGAAUUACCUGGCAUUAAAAAGACUUUCAUCGAGAUGAUUUUCCAGAAUUUUCGACAUGCACCACAGGUAUGUUUAUAUUUUAAUACUAAAUAUCUUGCAUAUAUGUAAAUAUAGAUAUAAAUAUAGAUAAAUGUAGAUGUAGAUUUUGUUA